AUGAAAGGUUUAAUUUUAGUAGGUGGUUAUGGUACCAGAUUAAGACCUUUAACUUUGACUGUUCCAAAGCCAUUGGUCGAAUUCGGUAACAGACCAAUGAUCUUACACCAAAUCGAAGCUUUGGCUAAUGCUGGUGUCACCGAUAUCGUCUUGGCUGUCAACUACAGACCAGAAGUUAUGGUUGAAACUUUGAAGAAAUACGAAAAGGAAUACGGUGUCAAUAUCACUUUCUCUGUUGAAACUGAACCAUUAGGUACUGCUGGUCCUUUGAAAUUAGCCGAAAACGUCUUGAAGAAGGACAAAUCCCCAUUCUUUGUCUUAAACUCUGAUGUCAUCUGUGACUAUCCUUUCAAGGAAUUAGCUGCCUUCCACAUGGCUCAUGGUGGUCAAGGUACCAUUGUUGCCACCAAGGUCGAUGAACCAUCCAAAUACGGUGUCAUUGUUCAUGACUUGGCCACUCCAAACUUGAUUGAUAGAUUUGUUGAAAAGCCAGUCGAAUUCGUCGGUAACAGAAUUAACGCCGGUUUAUAUAUCUUAAACCCAGAAGUCAUUGAUUUGAUUGAAUUGAAACCAACCUCCAUUGAAAAGGAAACUUUCCCAAUCUUGGUUCAAAACAAAUCCUUAUACUCCUUUGAUUUAGAAGGUUACUGGAUGGAUGUCGGUCAACCAAAGGAUUUCUUGGCCGGUACCACUUUAUAUUUGAACUCUUUAGCCAAGAGAGAACCAGCUAAAUUAGCCAAGGGUACCAACGUUGUUGGUUCCGUCUUGGUCGACUCUACUGCCAAGAUCGCCUCUACUGCCAAGAUCGGUCCAAACGUUACCAUUGGUCCAAACGUUAUCAUUGGUGAUGGUGCCAGAAUCGCCGGUUCUGUCAUCUUGGCCAACUCUAACGUCAAAGACCAUGCUUUAGUUAAAAACACUAUUGUCGGUUGGAACUCUACUGUCGGUAAAUGGGCCCGUUUAGAAGGUUGUACCGUCUUGGGUGAUGACGUCGAAGUUAAAGAUGAAGUUUACGUUAACGGUGGUAAGGUCUUGCCUCACAAGACUAUUUCUGAUAAUGUUCCAAAGGAAGCCAUUAUUAUGUAA